GCACGUGGAGUGGCGCGAACAAUGAGUGGAGUGUGCCGGCACCACGCGUGCUCCGGGCCGUGACCAGAGCGGUGCCACUGAGCUACUGCUCCCCUCCCCUCCCACCCACCCACCCAGGGAGGAUCAUUCGUACCAGAUGAAGCUCUUUUGAGGAAUAUAUUGUUUCUUUGAAGAAUCGUACGCAAGGAGGCUAUCCAGACAAUGAAGAGUUUACUCGUUUUUGAUUUUGACCACACAAUUGUAGAUGGGAACAGUGAUACUUGGGUUGUGAGAUGUACUCCUAAAAAGAAACUUCCAGACUGGCUUCGUAAAAAAUAUGAUGGAAAACACUGGAAUGAAUACAUGCAAAGCGUCCUCAGCUACAUUGGAGACCAAGGAAUCAAAGAACCUGAGAUAAAACAGGUUAUGGAAUCUAUACCAUAUUGUUCGGGAAUGGUUGAUCUCCUAAAGUUCAUCUGCCAAAACAAGGAUAAAGUUGACUGCCUUAUUAUUUCUGAUUCCAACACAGUUUUCGUCAAUUGGAUCUUAGAGUUUACAAAUACAAGGUUGGCUUUUGAUAGCAUUCUCACAAAUCCGGCAACUUUUGAUGAACAAGGUUACCUUAGAAUUAAGAAUUUUCAUUCUCAUUGUUGCCCACAAUGCCCUGAUAAUCUUUGCAAGAGAAAAGUGUUAAAUGACUUUAUUGCUGAUCAACAAAAAGUGGGAGUACAAUAUAAAAAAAUAAUUUACACAGGUGAUGGAGCAAAUGACUUGUGCCCCAUUGAAAGUUUGGAGGAAAGUGAUGUUGCUAUGGUCAGGAAAGGGUACAAGUUGGAAAAGCUGGUUAAUGAAAUGGUUGAAAUAGACUCUUGUCAUAUGCGACCAUUCAUAGUGAUAUGGUCUUCAGGUGAAGAAAUCCUGUCUUAUUUGAAAACAUACCUAACUUAAGUCUCUGUUUUUAAACAAAAUAAAAUUAAAGCCACCAUAAAUGUUGUAUUUAAUUUUAUAAUUCAACAAUUCAUAAAAUUGUCAAAAUUACCGAAGAAUAAAGAUACUUCCGUGUGCCAAUUUUAUAGUUUAACGAUUUCUAACAAUCAAACUGUAGACUGAAUUUUUCUUAGUGUAGCCUUAACUUUGUUAACUUUGGUUAACAAAGGAAUUUGUCCACAGCAUAACUUAUUAAAAAAAAUAUUGGGGUUACUUUCCCAGCUGGAGAAUGAUAGAUUAACCAAGACUAUAACAAUCUUGUUAAAUUUAACUAAUUCACCCUUGCAAAACAAAGUUAUGUUCCAUUAUUGAGAAGCAGGUUGAUAUACAUUUCAAUAAGCUCUGUGAACUGAAAUUUUAAGAGCAUAAUCGUAUCAUAAAGAUGCAGUCUAUAAACUCAUGUUGCAGAAACGUAAUUGCACAUGAAAAUCUAUGGUUGUAUGUCUGGGGAAACGUGUUCGAAUAUGUGUAGUAUUUCCUAUUGGUAGACUAUAAUGCAAGAUCUUUGAGUUGUUCUGCUUGCUUAUUUUUAAAGUGUAUUUAUGGAGGUUGAUAUCCUGCAUGUUCUGUGCUCAGGAAGGAAUUAUUAAUGUUAAAAUAAUAUGAAUUUGUGACUAUUUUACACCUAUUCCCACCUCAAUUUACUAUAUCGAUUUAUUUCAAAAGUGAAAUCAGCAGGUAAACUUGCAGAAAUGAAGUGUUCAUCCUUUGUGGUAGUUAAACAUCUAUAAAUUAUGAACUUAAGACUAUAUGAAUUGAGUCAAAUAAUGAAUGUAUAACUAUACCUACAUUUUUUUUUUGUAAUAAUGCACUAUUUUAGAAAGUGGUGACAUGCAAGAGAAUAAAUAAAUUAAAUAAAUAAAGAGAAUUAAUAAAUGUUUUAUUAAACCA